UUUUCUUCUCACUUACCACAAAACUAUUUGAUCUCUCAGCAGCUUGCAAUAUGGAAAAUUAUAAUGAAAUCUAUUCAACCCGUGUUACUUCAUUCACUUCUGGUGCAUCUUUCCGGCCUUAUCUUGUUACUCUGAAAAGAAAGGUUGCUGCUGAGUUCAUUGGAACCUUUAUUAUCAUAUUCACUACCACUGCUACAGCCAUUUUCAACCACAACUCUAAGACCCUUAAGACCCUUAAUUGUGUUACAACCGCAGGUCUUACUGUUAUGGUUUUCAUAUUUGCCACAGGACAUAUAUCGAUGGUUACUUUUUCGUUUGUUGUGUUGAAGCACUUCCCAUGGAAACAUGUGCCUAUUUAUAUUGGUGCACAAGUUUUGACAUCAGUUUGUGCCGCAUUUGCUCUAAAAGGGGUUUAUCAUCCUUUCAUGAAUGGUGGAGUUACAGUUCCUUUAGGUGGAUAUGGUCAAUCUUUCGCUUUAGAAUUCAUUAUUACAUUCAAUCUAAUGUUUGAUGUCACUACAGUAGCCACCGACACCAAAAGCGUGCGAAAACUUGCAGGAAUUGCGCUAGGAGACACUGUGAUGCUCAAUAUACUUAUAACAGGGCCAGUAUCAGUAUCAGGGGGCUCAAUGAACCUAGUGAGAACACUAGGUCUUGCCAUCGCCACAAAUAAUUAUAAAGAUAUAUGGAUUUAUAUGAUAGCUCCCGUACUCGGAGCUUUAGCCAGUGCAUGUACCUAUACUGCAGUGAAACUGCCCAAAGAAUGUGAAAGCAAAAGCUUCAAUUAG